CCCAGCCGGGCGGGGCUCUCCCGGCGGCCGUUGCCACUGUGGGGGUCGGGGCAGGGACCGCUGGGGCAGCUCGGGGAGGUUGGCGGUGGAUAACGCCUGGGCCAGGGCAGCGCCUCUGCCCGGGCGCCUCCUUCCCCGGUGGUUGCCCCCUUUUCCCUUUUCUCUCUCUCGCCUCCUCCCGACGCGAGUAGCCGGGGCCUUCUCCAUGCGGGAGAAGAGGAGGGAGGAGGUGGGAGCUGCUUGUCGGCUCUCCCCGGCGCCCGGCAAGUCGGACCCGCCGCUCCGCGCUGCUCCUGCCGCAUCUCCCCACGGCGCGCAGCCGGCGCUGAGCCCUGCCCGCUGCACCGCUCCCAGCCCCCUUCCCUUCUGUUCUCAUUUUUAAAAAAUCUUACUUCUUUUUUUAAAAAUUAUUAUUAUUUUUUAAUUCUCCCUCGUCCCCCCCGUACCUCCCCCCCCUUCCCUUCGCUUCUCAUCCUGGCUGCGAACAAAGUGUCGAGCACAGAGGAUGUCCGGGAAGCACUACAAGGGGCCUGAAGUCAGUUGUUGCAUCAAAUAUUUCAUCUUCGGCUUCAAUGUCAUUUUCUGGUUCCUUGGCAUAGCAUUUCUUGGGAUUGGACUGUGGGCAUGGAAUGAAAAGGGAGUGCUGUCCAAUAUCUCCUCCAUCACUGACUUGGGUGGCUUUGAUCCAGUUUGGCUCUUCCUGGUGGUAGGAGGAGUUAUGUUCAUUUUGGGAUUUGCAGGAUGCAUUGGAGCUCUGCGAGAGAAUACCUUUCUUCUCAAAUUUUUUUCUGUGUUUCUUGGAAUUAUUUUCUUCUUGGAGCUCACUGCUGGCGUUUUAGCAUUUGUUUUCAAAGACUGGAUAAAGGACCAGCUGUAUUUCUUUAUAAACAACAACAUCAGGGCAUACCGAGAUGACAUUGAUUUGCAAAACCUCAUAGACUUCACACAGGAAUAUUGGCAGUGCUGUGGGGCUUUUGGAGCUGAUGACUGGAACCUUAAUAUUUACUUCAAUUGCACAGAUUCCAAUGCAAGUCGAGAGCGCUGUGGUGUCCCUUUCUCUUGCUGCACUAAAGAUCCUGCUGAAGAUGUUAUUAAUACUCAGUGUGGCUACGAUGCAAGGCAAAAACCAGAAGUUGAUCAGCAGAUUGUUAUCUACACUAAAGGCUGUGUCCCUCAAUUUGAAAAAUGGUUGCAGGACAAUCUCACCAUAGUUGCUGGUAUAUUCAUUGGGAUAGCAUUACUGCAGAUAUUUGGGAUAUGCUUAGCCCAGAAUUUGGUUAGUGACAUUGAGGCUGUCAGAGCCAGCUGGUAAAACUGCUGAAGUAACCACGAGACACUGGACAACUGAAACCCUCUGAAACCUCCAGUGUGUUGCUCCAACACCAAGCUGUAUGGACAUGGGUGACAGGGAAGCCUUCUCUCCCAAGUAGUUCCAAGUCCAAGUUCCUGAUCCUGCAGUGAACUUGAGUUUCUUUGGGGCAGGGGAGCAAGGAGUGGGCUAUUUAAAAUCUGCUGCUCACUGACUUUUUUUUGUUUUGUUUUGUUUUAAACCACCAGUUUGAAAGCUGUUGAGCCGUGAAUCUCUACUGUAUUCUUGAUCUUGAGUAACAAGUGGACACUUUUUAAAAUUGGUGUAUUCAGUGGGACGGAGUUGCAUCAUUGUAGUCUCUGGAUAUGCUGUUUAUUCCUUGUGUCAUGAGCUCUUCAAUAGCUGCCAAAUAUUCCCAAGAUCAUCUCUCUCCUCACCACUCUGUAAAGGAACAAUCUUCUUGUUUUCACAGCUAAACACAGCUACAGGCUUAAACCCGUCGAGCAGGAAGCAACUUUCUAUGCAUCUAUUGUACAGUAAAAGAAAUUGUUUUUAAAACAAAGGAUUUUAUUUUUUUUUUUAAUGCAAGCUUCCAGUUAUCUCUGUGUAGUACUUUGGAUUUGGAAUCAGCAAGCUCACAGGGAGAAUUGCUGAAUUUUAUCAACAUCUUUCUUCCUUUCUCCACCCUUGUAUGAAGGAUGAGGAGUUUUAUAUUUGACAAACAAGGGUUGUAGAGCCUUUGGUUUCUGCCAUACCUUAGGACAUCAGUCUCUUAAGGCAAGGAUGGGGUGUAACUGUAUAAAUGUAAGAAAGCAGUGUGGAUGUUGGGUUCAAGUGAAUAGUAUUAUUCAAAGAGUGAAUUAUAUAUUAACUUAAAAAGAAGUCAAAACAUAUGUAUCUGAUAUGGCUAAAUCUUUUCCUUUUUCUGGAAUUUAGUGUACUUAGGGAUCUCACUAAUAUUAGUGCUUUGGUAUACUUGUGCAAAACUUCUUUUAAGAGAAUUCCUUGGUCUGUUCCUAGCUGAGGCUUUGGUCUUUCCUUUUUUGUUUGUUUUGUUUUGUUUCUUUUUUAAAUUCUUUUUACUUGCAUGAGCUGUGGAGUAAGAAUCUGUGACACUCCAGCGCUUUAAACCUGUGCAUAUGUUUUAAUACAGUCUAAUCCAAACUUACUUAUUGGUAAAUGCAUGUGAUUAUGGGAAGGUCAUAUCCCAUUCCCUUGGGAGUUGGAAAGAACAGCUUUUGCCAGAGUAAAUGCUUACCUCCAGUGAGUAAAUCCUUGCUAUGGGGAUGUCUCUCCCUUUGUGGCUCUAAAUGCAACAAAAGGCUUUCUUGAAGCAAUGGAAUAAAAGUUAAAAAAUAGACGUGUGUGUUAGGGUCAGACAAUACAGACUCUUUUGAAUUGGACAAAAUAGAGUAGAAUUUGGAAUAAAGCACAAAUAGUGGAAGAAGAAUUAGAUCAGACUCCAUACAGCUUAGAGUUUUCGAUUCAUUCUUCUUCAGUAAUAAUAAACUUAAAAACCUGAACGUGGCUUGGGUAGUUUUAUUGCACUUUGUAUAAAUUUAGCUUGUUCUAUGACCCUUCUCAGUAUCUGCAGAACCAGUCCUGAAAGCUGUGAGUGCUUGGCUACUGCUUUGGUCAGACAGUGGUAAAAGGUACAUAGCACCUCUUUGUAAGAGCUUAGCAUCUUUCUGUGAUGAGUUCACCGAGAUGAAGUAUGUGGCAUAGAAGAGGUGAAUGCAUCACUUUCAAAGCUUUUCUUCUGGGGGGAUGGAUAGAAGGCUGGUAUUAUGACCUUUUAAGAUAUUUUUUGGUCCUGUGACUCUUAAACAUAUGAGUGUAUGUACGUUUGCACAUUUUGCUUUUCUGUGCUUCAGUUGGCUGUGGUUUGGUUUUUUUUUUCCCCCCCCUUCUCAAGGCUGGUGGUAGGCUCACCAGUGGCUCCACAGAUGGCACAGACAGUCCUGUUGUCCUCCUCUGAGCAUUACCUCAUCCUUUGCUGGUUAACUCCCACUGACUGGCUCUGAAUCAGGCAGCCUCCAUAUACUUUGGUACCUGCUGGUAAAGGGCAGCCCUGACUCAGAGUAGGGUUUUUUUUUAAGCCUUUGAAAGCAAUUAUAGUUCACUGUCCUUGAUAAAGUUGGUUCCACCUCAUCGCAGUGUUAUGUUUUUUCUUAGCCACUCCUCAUCUUGAGGCUUUACUGGUAUUUGUUUCUCCCCCAAAGGACACACUGUUUUGCCUGAUAGCAUCAGAACAGACAGAGCAUCAGCAUCAGUGUGCAUGGAGAAAUCAGGGAAGUGUGGUUGAGGAAGUAAUCCCUCCAGCCAAGAAACUUGAUUGUGACCCAGUGCUUCAGUUUGGAGAAAAAGAAAAAAGCCUGCAUUACAGAAACAUUCCUUAUUGCCACUGAUCUUGAAUACUGCUAUUGCUGCUAUGGGCUUCUGAAGACAACUUCUUUCUUCUACUUGAAUUUCUGCAGUUGUACUGUAUUGGCCUUCUGUUUUGUCACAUUGCUUUCUGAGUUCCAGUCUGCUGGAUGUGCUGUUGGCAGCAUCAGACUUGAUAGGAAGGUAAAUGCUCUUGGGUGAGCAAAUCUUGUUCUCACUACUUGAACAUUUGUGUAUACAAAUGUGCAACACUUCUGCUGAGUCCCAGAAUGACUGACUGUUCUUAUAAAAACCACUAAAUAACUUAUUUUUCUAGAGUUUGUCCUUAUUGCUACAGAUACUGAUCCUCUCCCCACUCCCAACAGAUGCUCUUAUUUUCCUAAUUUUUGCAGUUUUUUCAUGGAUGCAUAGUGAAUGUUCAGGAUUAGCUGUCUGUAUUGCACAUUUAAAUCCCACAUUUUUUUUUUGUCUACAGAUGGGUAAGAUGUCCUAGAAAAGGCCCCAUCAUCAGCAGCUUAGGUGACCAGUUUGGAAAGCUUGUGGGAGGCCUUGGAUAUCAAUCUAUUACUUUCAGAGCCUGCCAAAUGCAAGCAAGCUUUAUUCCAGAAAACUUGGUGGAAAUUCAGGUGAGCUGCAGCUGGAGAACAACUCCUGGCAAUAAGAUAGGGCAGGUAGUGUGACUUCUUGGCAGUUUGUAGCCUGCCUGAUGUGGUGGUGGGGUAGAUAAUGUGAGUUCUGAGGUCAGUCUCGUUAUCUUGAACAUGCAGUAGCUGUUCAGAGAUUUGUUGGUGGGUCUGUGGCCCUUGUAGGGUGUGAAACAGCUCUGUUUGCUGGGCAGCUUGUGUGGGAUGGUGACCUUGCAAACAAGAGGUCUGGUGGCUUCAGCAGUAGCUGUGGCUUUCAAACCAUUUCCAAAUUCCCCAGGGCAUCACAGUCCUUCAACCUCUGCUUUCUAAAUUCUGUCCACCAUAUUCACGGGCAUUUCUGUUGUUUGAUUUUUAAUUUUUUUUAAAAUUAAUAGCCUACUGGAUAAACGUUUGGUUUGUUGCUGUGUGUGUCUUUUUCAGUAGCACUCGGAUCUCUCUGCUUCAAAAUCCCUAAUUUUGAUUGUGCUCCUUUGAGUUUGAAGCUGUGAUGGUUGCUCAAAGUGUAUUCUGUGUCCCCAAAGCCUUCUUUGAGAGAGAUGCUAAUUGUAGUUCCGGCAUGUAAAUAGUGUUUGAAAUGUAAAUAGUAGCAUGCAGAUUAAGUGAUGAUUCUUCUUCGGGGGACUGCUUUUCACCCUUAAAAGUGAUAAGGAAAGUGAGAUUUGGCUGCUGGCAUCGGUUCACCCCCUCUCCCCGGUGAUACGGGAGAGCUUUCAGCGCCUGCCCUCUAGUGCCUGCCCGGCCCCGGUGCAGCAGCACCCGAGGGAUGGAGGGGAAACCCCGAACCCUCCCCACCCCCAGCUCCCACCCUCCCACCCCCAUUGCGUUUCUCCUUUGCUGCUUGGCGUUAAACCAGCGUUAGACUGUAAAAUAGAGGGCAACCCCUACCAGCUGUGGGAGGUCACCACUGCUUGUGGCAGGGCUAAACAUGGUGCUAUAAGACCUGUCCUGGAUGUUAAUCUGUGUUUUUGUUGCUUUAGGGAUGUCCUUUGUAAAAGAGAUUCUUAUGAACAGUGUUGAUUAUAAGAGAAACUCUCAUGUGGGUUUUUUUGGGUUUUUUUGUUUUUUUGUUUUUUUUGAAUCUGUUUCCCUUCUUGCUGUGUGUGCCUCCUGGCAGGUCUGCAUGUGCCUAGGAAGGAGAUUAGCUCUCAGCAGGUGUCAAGCACAGUUGAAGGUUCCAGUUCCUCCCUCCCAUUUUUAUUUUCUCUCUGAAGUUUUGUUUUUUUUUUCAGGUAUCUGUAAUUGGUCAGAAGACUAUGUAAAGCAAAAGAAAUAAACUACCCUUUUGGAUCUGUUAGCUACCAAAUUUUGCCACAUACAAUAAAGAAUGUCUCCCUUGACAUGCAGUUUAAAAAUAAGUGUUGUGACUACUUGUGUGCACCAGGCAUCACUUCUAGCUGUCUUUUGUGUUUUGGCAAUAUAACUGUUAAUAGAAAGCUCCAUCUGUAUGUGUGUUCCUGUUCACUCUGUGUACAUAGUAGAGGUGGACCUGAUACUACCUUAAACUUGGGGGAGAUUGGAAAUUGGGUUUUGCAACUCACUCAUGUUUGAUAUAUAUAUAUAUAUAUUCCAGAUUAGGUUAAACUGAAUCUCUCUCUCUUCUGGUUCAUCCUGGGUACAUCAAAGUGUUGAUAUUUACCCUUUGUGGAUCAUUCCUUUUUAUAUGAAUGUAUUCUCUUGUGUUCUUUUUUUUUUUCAUCAGUUGUAAAUUGAUUGUAAAAGCCAACUACAAUUAUUGGUUGAAAGUAUUGCUAUAACAGAACUGCAUGCCCAGUAGAGUUGACUUGAGCUUUAGUUGUCUGAUUUUGAACUGGUUACCUUCAGUCUAGGAGAAGAGCAUAGAGCAGGUGCAUCAUCUAUCUAUUACUUGUCAUCUUUAGCAUUAGACUGUGGUAUUGUAUCACAUGCUGAUUUCAAUGGAUGUAACUGGAGUUUACUUAGGAAGUUAAUGCAGCUUCCUGGUAAUUCAUUUUAAGCUAUUGAAAGUGGUCUUGAUCAUGCUACUUGUGUUCUUGGGUUUUUGUUUUUUAAGAGGCAUUUUUUAGGAAUGUUUUAAUACACUUAUGAUGGACAAUACAAUAGUUUUAAUAGUUGUGCAGUAUUCUGUAUUUACUUGAAGUAAAUAAUUUUAUAUGCAAUUUGUUAAUUACAAUUUUAUAAAUAAAAUUGUGUGAAAUAUGA